AAAAAGAGAAAGACAGAGAGAGUGUUAGGCUACAAAGCAUGAUAGAAGAGAAGUACAAUGAGCAAAAAGACAGGAGGGAAAAAAACUAAGGGAAAAGGGAAAGAAGGAAAAAAAGAUCCGGGUGAGACUUUCCUCCUCUUUCAAAUUGAAGUUAAAAUGAAAGAGAUUGAAGAGUUUAAGAAAGAAAUUAAGGAACUGGAAGCCAUGAACCAACAGCUAAAUGCACUGCGACAUCAGCUUCUGGAGGAGCAACAGGAAAACUUAAAUAUGCUCCACAAGCAAGCAAAGGAGCAGGAGAAGAACCUCAAGAAGAAAAAAGUAACCAACAAAGAAGACGAAGAGCAGGCCGUCCAGAGCAAUCUAAAGCUUGCACGUAUGCAGGAGGAAGAGGUGGCAGAACUGGGCAGUCGGCUGUCACGUGUACAGGCUGAGGUCGAGGAGCUGCAGGGGCAGGUGCAAGCUUUGCACCUAUAUAAGGACGUAGGGAGCGCUGUACAUCAAGAGCAGAUCCAAAAGCUACAGUCAGAACUAAAGUACAUGCAGAAGAGCUUUCAGGUAAUGUCGGAAAAUAGUAAGAGCUCUCUGAAAGAAGCCAUUGACAAGAUUGACAAUGCUGAAGAAGAGAAGCAGCUUGCUCGACAGAGGGCAAUAGAAAAGUUAAACAAACCCACAAAGCCAGAAUCUAACAAGAAUAAGUGGCUUAAGAAAGAAAUUGCUGCCUAUCAAGAAGAAAUCUCACUACUGGAAGCAGCUGUGAGGAACCUGAGGCUGAAGACUAGGGGUGACUAUUAUUUAUUUCAUCAAGAAUAG